CAGCAGGUAAGGAGAUCGCAUUCUCAUCAAAGUUGCAUGUUUCCAUCCUGCCAGAUAGAAGAGGAUAGAAAGAUAACACAGCUGAAACAGUGCAUGUUUCCCCCCCACAAUGAGCUUGAACAGGCAGCAUAUAUUUACAUUAGACAGCUCCAUGGUGAUGGUGUCUAUCUCUGCACAAACACAGACACUCACAGGUAGGAAAACAAAACAAAAAGUGUGUGAUCCAGCCAGCCACAGGCUGCUGUUAUGUCUUCCUGGAAAGGUGUGGCACUGAGCUCUUACCUGCAAGUAAGCAGUGAAGGACGCGCGGUUGAUACUCGACACAAUCCGCUACCAGAGAGAAGAACGCCCUCCAGCACCACCGGUAAGCUAUCUGCUGUUUCUUUACUGUAUGACAGAAAUACAACCUCCUCACUGUGUCUGUGGGUGAUGUUACUCUCUGUGUUUGGACAGUUAUACAAUACCAUAAGAGUAUAUCAUACGUGACAUUUUGGGGCAUUCAAAAGGAGAUCAAAGAUGAACUGGGGUUUUCUAGAGAAUGUCCUCAGUGGGGUCAACAAGUACUCCACUGGAAUUGGGCGAAUCUGGCUCUCUGUGGUCUUCCUCUUCAGGAUCUUGGUGUAUGUGGCAGCAGCUGAGCAGGUGUGGAAGGACGAGCAGAAGGAUUUUGUUUGUAACACACAGCAGCCCGGCUGUGAGAACGCCUGCUUCGACCACUUCUUCCCUAUUUCGCAGGUACGUCUCUGGGCUCUGCAGCUCAUCAUGGUGUCAACCCCUUCACUGCUAGUAGCCCUUCAUGUGGGUUACCGGGAGUACCGAGAGGCUAAACACAAGCGAAAACUGUACCAGGACAAGGGGCGCAUCGAUGGAGGUCUUUUCUGCACCUACACUGUGAGCCUCAUCUUCAAGACAGCCUUUGAGGUGGGCUCCCUGCUGGCUUUCUACUUCCUGUAUAAUGGCUUUGAGGUCCCGAUGCUGCUGCAGUGCAGCCAGAGCCCGUGCCCCAACACAGUGGACUGUUUCAUUGCCAAAGCCACAGAGAAGAAGAUCUUCCUCUACAUCAUGGGUUGCACUUCCGUACUAUGCAUUGUUCUGAACUUCACUGAGCUCAUGUACAUUGUGUGGAAACAGCUUUGGAAAUGUUUAACGAGGAAGUAUAUUCCCAUGGAAAAGAAGAUGUUCAGCCACAGCCAGCCAUCUGUUUCCAUUGUCAACAAGUCUGCCUCAAAUGAACCCACAGCAAACACAGAGGUGUGUAUGACACAGCCAGCAGCUGCUCAGGAAAACCUGCCUGACCAGUCCUAGUGGGCUGGGACACUGCCAACAUCUGACACUGAAAGAACCUCAAAUGAAACCCCACACACACACACACACACACACACACACACACACAC